AUACCUCCGAUGUUGGUAAUAUGAAUAGCAUUUCUCCUGUUACUGUUGUAACCUUCUUGAUUACAGGUGAAAGAGAAGUCCCGCUUUAUUGCGCUAAAAUAAUGUUUUAAAAGUUUUAACAUUUUAUGUAAGUUUAUGUAGGUCACAACCUCGCACUGUAAUAAAAUAACAAUAUGUUUUAUUUGACGGUUCUCUUGACGAUUAUCGUAUGUUUACUAAGCAUUGUGUGUGUUUUUAAACAAUUUUUAAGACCUUCAAAUUUUCCUCCAGGUCCAAAAUGGCUACCAAUAGUUGGAAAUUCUCCUAUAGUAAAACAUCUAAGUAUUCUUCAUGGAGGGUUCCAUAAUGCUUUAAUGUAUUUGUCACAAAAAUACAAAACUCAGAUCCUGGGACUCAAGUUGGGCAAGGAUUUGUUUGUGGUUGUCUUCUCAAAAGAUUUGAUAAGACAAGUCUUCACACAAGAGGAAUUCCAAGCUCGUCCAGACAGCUAUUUCAUUAGACUUCGUACCAUGGGUAUAAGAAGAGGUAUAACCAUGACAGAUGGAGACCUCUGGCAAGAACAGCGAAACUUUGCUGUUCGACAUCUUAGAAGCCUCGGUUUUGGGAAGUCACAUAUGGAAUCCCUCAUUGUUGAAGAACUUCGGGAAUUGUUGAUGACACUAGGCGAGGGUGGUGAUUGCGUAGCACUGCACAGUCAGCUGGCACCUUGCGUGUUGAAUGUCUUGUGGGCGCUAACUGCUGGAAGCCGCUUCAAUGCGGAUGAUCCCCAGCUGGUUGGUCUACUGCAACUGAUGGCUGACCGUAGCAAGGCCUUCGACAUGGCGGGUGGAGUCCUUAGCCAGCUACCCUGUCUUGCCUUGCUUGCGCCAGAGUGGUCUGGGUACAACCUUAUCUGCUCUCUCAACAAUCAAAUGAAGGGCCUUCUCGAGAAAACUAUUCAAGAGCACAGGAAAAGCUUAGAUAUAAACAAGAACCGAGACUUUAUUGAUGCUUUUCUUAAAGAAAUAGAUGUUUCGAAUGGGAGUCCAACCACCUUCACAGAAGAACAGCUGGUGAUGGUGUGCCUAGAUUUCUUUAUUGCCGGUUCUCAAACAACCAGCAACACUCUGAGUUUUGCUCUUUUGAACAUGAUCCUUCAUCAGGAUAUACAGGAGAGGGUAUACCAAGAGAUCAGAGAAGUCCUGGGUACUAGAAAACUUCCUACAUUAGAAGACAAGCAGAGGCUGCCUUAUGUCGAAGCAGUACUGAUGGAAUCUCAGAGGUUUCUGCAUGUCGUACCUGUAGCAGGACCCCGGAGAGUUCUGAGCCAAACGACUCUCGAUCAAUACACUAUACCGAAGGAUGCUACAGUACUAUUGUGCCUAUACUCCAUGCACCAUGAUGAGAAAAUGUGGGAUCAACCGAUGAAAUUUUUACCUGAUAGGUUUUUGGGUGAAAACAACAAAGUAUUAACUGACGAUCUCUGUCAGUUUGGAAUAGGUAAAAGAAGAUGCUUAGGAGAAGCCUUGGCAAGAAAUUUCUGUUUUCUAUUCUUUACCGGAAUUUUAAGGAAUUUUCACUUAGGAGUGCCAACUGGAAUGGAACCACCGAGUUUAAAUCCCAUACCAGGAAUAGUUUUAUCUCCUAGACCUUAUAGCAUCCAUAUCACACCCAGAUGAGUUUUAUUAUCACAUUACAUAUAAAUAUAUAUGUAUUUCUUAAAAGUUUUAAGAUCAUAAGCUAAUGAAAAAUUUCUUUGAAUAGAAUAUUUAUAAAAAACAAUCUAUCUCAUUCUGAAAUUUAUUUAAUGAUUUAUUACUUUUUAACAUUUUUUUUUAAACAAAAUGACUUAUCUCACCCUCAAUGUAAAAUUUUAAAUUAUUUCUGUAAAGUAAAAUGUGUAGUUCAACUUUUUUGUUAGAUCUAGAUCAUUCUUUAUUUAACGUCAUUAGUAUUCUGGACACUUGACAGUUUUUAACUUUAGAAUAGCAGUUGCAAUUUUUUGCUAUGUGGUCUGACUUGUAAAUAGUUUCUUUUAAAAAGAUCUAUCUCAUGAAUAAGUAAUCUCAUUCAGCAAAAUUACCCAAAAACAAUGUGUGUGGUAAAACAUUAGUUAUAGUUUAGCAUGAAUUGUGUUGUACAAUUGUUGGCCUUUAAUAAUAGUUUAUUAAAAAGUUUGUUUUAAUUUUAAA